GCAGCACAUGCGCCGGAGUUGCUGCCGCAUCAUUUAUUACAAGACCUCAGAGCGGAGAGAGAUGUGGUGGCGAUAAAACUAACCCAUUGAACACACGUUCUGUCAUUCGCUUAAAAGGGGAACGUAGAGGUGCGCUUUAAUUGCGUUUUAAGUGCUGCAGUGAAAAUGAAGUCUCGCUUUCUGAACAGGAUCUUGCCGCUGCGGCCAUCAGCAUGGUUCCAGUGUCGCCUCAAGAUUGUUGCCAGUGCAACGCUACUAACACUUCUUGCCUAUUUCUUUCUACGCCUCGUCGCACCUGUGAUUAGUGCCAUCUUUGCAGAAACGCCUCUCAGGUGGUUCCAUGACCCGAACAUCGCCAAACAAAGCAUACCGACCGAAAGGUUGCAUAACAAGCCACAUCGCUAUCUUAUAAAUCCUCAGGGCAUAUGCCCGAUAGGUCAACCAAUAGACUACCUCUUCAUGGUCUAUUCGGCACCGGAGUACGUCGAAGCUCGAAGCGUUAUUCGACGAACCUGGGCAAGCGACGCCAAGAGGUACUCUGGAAACAAAGUACUCUUUCUCUUUGGCAAGCCCAGUAACGACAGGUUACAAAGUGUCCUGGAGUUUGAGUCCCAGCAGUACGGAGACAUCGUGCAAGAGAGCUUUAUGGACACGUACCGCAACCUAACCCUGAAGACUGUAAUGAUGCUUCGAUGGGCAUCGCAGAAUUGCCCUCAAGCCCGCUUCGUGGUCAAAAUUGACGAUGACUGCUUUCCUAACCUGGCCAACUUUUACCGUGCCAUGCAUGGUCAAGCGGAAGACACAAUCUACGGUGAACUGAGGCAUCGUGACCGACCCUACCGCGAGAUCGGACACAAGUGGUACCUUUCGCCCGAGGAGUUUCCCAGGGACGUGUUUCCCGAUUACAUCACGGGAGGCAUGUACGUCGUAGGUGGCCGUGUCGUGAAUCUCCUGUACAGGGCCACGGGACAGGUUCCAUUCUUCCGCGUCGAGGACAUCUAUCUGACCGGCAUGUGCGCUGAAAGAGCAGGCAUUACGAGGGUUAACUUGGAGGGAACGUACAACUUGAAGCUGUCCACUCUGUGCGAAUACAAGAAGGCCAUCUACGGUCACCACGUGACACCCGUAGAAAUGAACGAAGUGUGGCACGCCAUGAAGCGCCUUGAAUACAAGUGUCGUCGACUGUUAUUCAGCGUUCACUUAUGCUACUGCCGGCCCGUAGAUACAUCAGCUGGUUUAGUAAUCGAAACGCCAGUAUUCUGAACUUCGCUUACAUUUUUUGUAAUUAAACAAGGUAAUUUUUAAUUCACCGUCACAAACUGUGUAGAACUUAAGAAUAGAACAGCAUUUCGGUGAGUGUGAUCAUCGUCAAGUCAACGUGGGAAUGAGCGCUUUUACUGUCUUAGUCUGCUUUCCGUACUGACGUGGCUUUUUUUCUGCGCACUCAUCGUGGAAUACGAACUCGCUCAGGCAGCUACCUUGUAUUUACAAAAUGCAGCUAUAGAGCGAAUGUGUGACGUUUGUAUCUCACUUUAUUUCAAGAUGGCGCUUGCAUAAGCUCUCUGAAUAACUUAUUUGUUGCGGUUGUGUUCUUUUCCAGGCACUUAGAAAAUUUAUUGAAGGAAUGAGAAUAAUGUAAUACAAAAACGAGAUGUUCAAAUAAACUCUGUUUUUCAUA